UCCCGAUUGGCACUACAAUUAUGGAAUUACAAAGCAGCUUUACAAAAGUCAACAGCCGCUGGGUGCCGGAGGGAGGGAGGGGAUCAGACGAGGAGUUGACCAGGUGCGCAUCAGACGGCGGAGCGGCGAGGGUGAGCGCGCCGCCGGGGAGCUGCCAGGUCCGGUGGGUGCCGCCGUGCCGGAGGGGAUCGGACGAGGAGCUUAGCGCUGAGCGGGUGGCGCAUCGGGCGGUUGAGAGGUCUCGGCGGCGUGGCGAUGCAGUGAGGCUGAGCCGGUGCCUCCCUGAUCGAAGCCUCCUCCGACUACGGCCGCCGCCGCCGCCGCCACCUCCAGGCUGCGCCGCCCGCCCGCCCGCCGGCAUCUCCACCGAGCGUCACCCGCGCCGCCCGCCGCCGGCAUCUCGUCCGGAAUUUCCCCGAUCUGAAGCGGAGCUCGGCUCGCACGCCAUCUCUGCGAUUGGACUGGGCCGUUCCUUCCCCGGCCGCCCGCACCGGUUCAUCCACGAGCGCCGCCAGCUCCUCUGACUCCGGCACCCAUCGCCACCUCAAGGCUGCGCCGUUCGUCCGCCAGCAUCUACCCCGAGCAGAGAAGCGCCCAUAUCGUCCGCCCGCUGCGCGUGCUCGCCACUGCAGUCUCUCCUUCACCGGCCGUGGAUCCCCCAAUAACCCAGCCAUGGCCUCCGCCGCCGCGGUUUUCGCAGGCAAAGCCAUUGCAACGUCAAUCAUCACCAAUAUUGUCAGCAAGGCCUUUGACUAUCUCAAGGACAGCCACAAAGCCGGAGGGCUCAAGAGCGCCAGAGAGAGGCUAGAGAGGCUGCUUCCACAGAUCCAGGUCGUCUUUGACGCUGUUGACACGGAGGAAAUCAGGGAUCGGAGCAACGCGCUGGAUGCAUGGCUGUGGCAGCUCAGAGAUGCCGUGGAGGAAGCCGAAGACGCCGUCGACGAGCUCGAGUACCACAGGCUCGAGGAGAAGGAGAUGAAAAGGCAAGAUAAUAGCAAGGUGCGCCGCUCUGUCAGUAAGUACAAGCGCAAGGUCAUCCAAGGGUUCAAUCGUGCAUUCAACACAGGGUCACUAGAGAGGCUGAGAAAUUCAGUCACGACCCUAGAUGAUGUCGCGGCCGGCGUAGAGCGUUUCUUGCAGGUUCUCAACCACUUGAACAACGAUAAGAUGAAGAAACAUAAACAGGAUGUGGAGUUCAGAAACUCGCGCCAGACAAGCUCGCUGCCUCGCGGCCUUCUGCUUGGCAGAGAGGAAGAGAGGAAGAUUAUAUUCCAGCGGUUGACCAAGCAUGAAAGUGGCGCCGGCGAUAAUAUUGCCGUGUUUUCACUAGUUGGUAUAGGUGGAAUAGGGAAGACGUCACUCGCUCAAGAUGUAUGCAAUGCUAGAGAUGUCAAAGACCGCUUCGAUUUCGUCAUCUGGGUUUGUGUUUCUCACGAUUUCGACAUUCAGGCACUAACAAGAAAGAUCCUUGAGGACAUGACCGGAAGAGAGGCACCCAUGGUUAGUCUAAAUGCACUCCAGAAAGAACUCAAGGAGAGGUUGAGUUCCAAGACCUUUCUCCUUGUACUGGAUGAUGUAUGGAAUGAUGAGAGGUAUCAGGAUUGGGUGAAUUUUUUAUGUCCAUUGAGAUGUGGGAAGAAAGGAAGCAAGAUCCUGCUGACAACCCGAAUGCAGUUGGUAGCUGAUGUUGCUGCAAGAGCGGUGCAGGGGGAAAGAACACUACAGGUGGAAUGCCACUCUCUAACAUUGUCUGGCUUGGAAGAAACUGACCUCCUGCUUCUUUUGAACAGCCAUGCAUUUUUCGGUGUUAAUCCUGAUGAUUAUAGGAACCUACAACAGAUCAGCAAGAAAAUGGUAAGCAAACUCAGUGGUUCUCCAUUGGCAGCAAAAGUUCUUGGUGGAUUGUUGAACGGCAACAAGGAUAGUAACACGUGGAACAGAAUUUUGGACUCGGGCGUUCAUAAUGCACAACAGGGCAGUGAGGGGAUUAUGACGGUGUUGAGGCUAAGUUAUCAACAUUUAGCAACACAUUUGCAGGUGUGUUUCAGGUAUUGCAGCUUAUUUCACAAAGGCUAUGAGUUCACAAAGAAAGAAUUGGUGUACUUGUGGAUGGGUUCAGGACUGAUCCAGCCAUCGGUGGAUGACACGAUACAGCCAGAGGAUAUUGGAAUGGAGUAUUUAGACACAUUAUCUAGAAAGUCCUUUGACAUCAAAUCAGAGCCUCAUGAUAGUCGCACUAUAAAAUGCUGUUUAUAUGAUGAAUAUUCCGAAGAGAGAUUUGUUAUGCAUGAUCUCUUGCAUGAGUUGGCCCGGUCUGUGUCAGCAAGUGAAUGCACAAGAGUGGACUUAAAUUUCUCUGGUUGCAUUCCGAAGACUGUCCGUCAUAUAUGCAUUGACAUGAUAAACCCUACUAUUGUUGAACAGAUCUCCCACGCAAAGAGACUGCGUACGCUUCUUAUGCAUUUUGAAGACCGACACGAGGCAGACCAAGUGCGCAUGCUCAGUGAAGUGUUGGGUGUGGCCAGAAGCUUAUGAGUGUUAUCCAUAAUAACAAACUCACCGUGUAAGCUUCCUGAUUCGGUGGGUAGUUUAAUGCACCUUCGCUAUUUGUCUCUUAAGUGGGGCCGGAAAAAAGUGACGCAUUGCUGUUGGUUUCCCAAGCCUGUGUACAAGCUUUAUCACUUACAAGUACUGAAGUUCGAUGAUCACCAACAAACGGCUCCUCAGAAAAGAGAAAUGGACAGAGUGUGCAACCUAGUUAAUUUACGUCAUCUACAACUAUCUCAAGGAAUAAUACCAACGAUUCCUUGUGUAGGAAAGCUUACUUCUCUCCAUGAGCUGUAUGGUUUCUGCAUCAAACAAGAAGGUGGUUACACUAUUGGUGAACUAAAGAAUCUGACAAACAUCCGGCAUUUAUAUGUUUCUGGUCUUGACAAGGUAAACAGUGCAGAAGAAGCUGCUGAAGCUAUGUUGGGCCAGAAAAAGUGUCUGUCAGCUGUAACAUUAAGUUGGUCUCCAGGCUCUUCAAAUUCAUGCACGCAAAGCCAAGCUGAGUUGGUUCUCGACAAACUUGAACCACACCAUAAUUCCAAUAAAUUGAAGAUUGAAGGAUAUCCUGGUUCUCGAUCCCCAUGUUGGCUGCAAAAUCCCACUCUCAUUAAUUUGACAUAUGUUCACAUACGUGAUUGUAAAAGAUUGGAGAGUCUUCCACCUCUUGGGCAGUUACAUUCUCUACAGUAUCUUUACAUAAUUAACAUGGAAUCAGUAAAGGGUGUGGAUUCCUCAUUUUAUGGAAGUGAAAAUCCUUGUGGAUUGCACUAUCUGAAGGUGCUAGAGAUUGAAAGCAUGCCGAAAUGCCUGGAAUGGGUUGGAUUGGAGGGUAAGAAUGUAUUCCCUAGGCUUGAGAUGCUGAAAGUGCGUGACUGUGAGGCGCUGAGAACAUUGCCGAGUGUACCUACCAGUAUUCGCCAUGUUGAAAUCCAUAAUGCUGGUUUGUUGGCCAUGCCAACAUUUUUUGGGGGUUCCGAGACAAGCUCGUCACCAUCAUUGGAUCUGGCUCUCUCUAAGCUCAUGAUUUCCCACUGCCGAAGUUUAGAAACUCUAUGGCAGGGGUGUUCUCUAUCUGCACUCGUGGAAUUGUCCAUCCAACAAUGCGCAAGCUUGUCAUGUCUACCGGAGGAUUCAUUUUGUUCACUUGCCUCCCUGGAAACCUUUGAAGUAGUGAAGUGCCCAAAUUUGGUGACAGGAGAAAUCAGGUUGCCCCCUACCGUGAGAACCAUCAUUUUCGGAUUGUGCGGUGAAGCUGAACAACCACUAGUUCAUUCAAUGAAAGGUCUUAAUUCGUUGGCAAUGUUAUUUUUAGAUGGUUGUGCACUGUCAGUUUUCCCUUCAGAAGUGUUUGCAUGUUUGCCAGGGUUAACUAAUAUGGUGUUUGGUAAUUGUGCAAUUACAUCUCUUCCCUUGGCUGAAGCCUUUGCAAGAUUGACAAAUCUUGAAAACUUGUCCAUAUGGGAUUGCCAAGAGCUAGUUUCAAUCAGUGGGAUCCAUGGGAGUCCAUCACUAAUGUCACUGCAAAUCCAGGGAUGCAAAAAGAUCACCGCAGAUCUAUCCGCUGAGAGGGUGGAUGACCCUGCUAAUUUGUCUAGCCUGACUGAGCUUGAUAUUGACAAUCCGUCACUCUUGCUAAGUGAGCCAUUACGAAGCAUCUCGUGUGUCAAGAAACUUAUAAUUGCUGGUGGUCCUGAACUGAGACACUUACCUGAGGAGUGGUUACUGCAAAAUGAGGCACUUAAAGAACUAGUAGUGUCUGAUGCUUCUCAUCUGAUAUGCCUGCCCCCACAAGUAGCACGACUGAGCUCUAUUGAAUCCUUCGAUAUAUCCAAUGCGAAGUUGAUACAGAGUUUGCCUGACAUGCCUGCUUCUCUGAGGACUCUACGAAUAAACAAUUGCCAUUCUGAGCUCAAACAGCGAUGCCAAAAGAAUAAGGGACUUGAUUGGGUUAAGAUUGCACAUAUCUGUAAUGUAGAUAUUAUCUAAGAGGUGCCAAAAGGUUAUGAUGCAUGAGCUAAACACAUGCCAGUAUAUCCUGCCUUCCAUGGUGUUUCUGUAAAUAGCCAUGUGCCUGUGUCCACUCUCCAAAGGUUGCACUAUUUGGUGCUUCCGGCAUUGAAUCUGCGGCUUAUGGAACAUGAAAGUGACCCAGACGUUGAUCAGCUACCGUUGGUAGAUUACUUUUAACAGUGCAAUUGUAAUUUGUUAACAGAAAUAUGUUCUGAUGGGGAUUAUUCUGCACCCACAUGGUAUAAUCCUCAACAGUGUAAUGUUCUAAAUAUAUAUCUGGUAAUUUUUUUCCCUGAGAUUCCAGCAUGCAA